AUGGCGACCCUGGAUCAGAAAUCCCCCAACGUGCUCCUCCAGAGCCUCUGCUGCAGGAUCACGGGGAAAAGCGAAGCUGAAGUGGCCCACCAGUUCCAGUAUGCAGUACGAGUCAUUGGCAGUAACUACGCCCCCACUAUUGAACGGGAUGAGUUCCUGGUGUCAGAGAAGAUCAAGAAAGAAUUGCUGAAGCAGAGGAGAGAAGCAGAUGCUUCUGUGUUCUCAGAGCUGCACAGAAAACUUCAGACGCAGAGUGUUCUGAAGCAUCGCUGGUCUGUCCUCUACUUGCUGCUCAGUCUCUCUGAAGACCCCCGCAAGCCGUCCAGCCGGGUUGGAAAUUAUGGAGCCCUCUUCGCCCAGGCGCUCCCCAGGGACGCCCACUCCACCCCCUUCUACUGCACCCGGCCCCAGAGCCUGGCCCUGGGCUACGGGGAGAGGAGCGCCGGUCUGUCAGCCAGCGUGGGGACCAGCGGCAUCUCCAGUCUGGGAGUGUACACGCUGAACGGGCCCACGGCGACGCCGCAGUCGCUGCUGGCUGGUCAACCCCCUCAGUCUGCAGCAGUAGGCGGUCAACCUCUGGGCUCUCGGCUGGCCUGGGCUCUUCCUGUCAGCUGCUCCCCUUCCUCCGCUCUGGCCCCGCUCGCCACCCGACCGCCCCUCGGACCUCCAGUCCCCUCCUCCAGAGCGGUCCGUCCUCGCCGAGACGGGGAGGUGAGCGAGGCGGCGCUGGUGCGGGACAUCCUCUACGUCUUCCAGGGAAUCGAUGGCAAGUUCAUCAAGAUGAGCGGCCCGGAAAACUGCUACAGAAUAGACAGCAAGGUGGUGCUGUGCAAGUCCCUGAGAGACAUCAGCAGCAGGCUGGCCGAGCUCGGCUGGCUCCACAACAAAGUUAGGAAGUACACCGACGCCAGGAGCCUGGACCGGGCCUUCGGGCUGGUCGGACAGAGCUUCUGGGCCUCGCUCCACCAGGAGCUGAAGGAGUACUACAGGCUGCUGUCCGUCCUCCACUCCCAGUUGCAGGUGGAGGAUGAGCAAGGCGCGAUGGUGUGCACAGAGAGCAGUCUGACUCUCAAGAGGCUCCUUGUCUGGAUGUACGACCCCAAAAUCCGACUCAAAACGCUCGCCGCCCUCGUCGACUUCUGCCAAGGUCGUAAAGGAGGCGAGCUGGCCUCAGCCGUCCAUUCCUACGGAAAAACGGGAGACCCGCAGAUGAGAGCGCUGGUCCAACACAUCCUCAGCCUGGUGUCGCACCCCAUCCUCAACUUCCUGUACCGGUGGAUCUACGACGGAGAGCUGGAAGACACCUACCACGAGUUCUUUGUAGCAUCAGAUCCCAACGUGAAGACAGAUCGCCUGUGGCACGACAAGUACUCCCUCAGGAAGUCAAUGAUCCCCACGUUCAUGACCAUGGACCAGGCCCGCAAGGUUCUGCUCAUCGGUAAAUCCAUCAACUUCCUGCAUCAGGUUUGUCACGACAGAACGCCGCCGGCCAAAAUCACGCAAUCGUCCACGUCUGCGGACACGCUCAAAGAUGCUGCAGAGCUGCUGUCCGACCUGAAGGGGGCGUUUCAGGAGAAGAUCGACGCCGCCUACUUUGACACCAGCAAAUACCUGCUGGACGUCCUCAACCGCAACUACCUGCUGCUGGAGCACCUGCAGGCCAUGAGGAGAUACCUGCUGCUGGGCCAGGGAGACUUCAUCAGACACCUCAUGGACCUGCUCAAACCAGAGUUGGCGCGUCCCGCCACCACUUUGUAUCAACACAACCUGACUGGUAUCUUGGAGACGGCGGUCAGAGCCACAAACGCCCAGUAUGACAACGCGGAGAUCCUCAAGAGGCUGGACGUACGCCUGCUAGAGGUGUCUCCUGGUGAUACAGGCUGGGAUGUCUUCAGUCUGGACUACCACGUCGAUGGACCCAUCGCUACGGUGUUCACUAGGGAGUGUAUGGGACACUACCUGCGUGUGUUCAAUUUCCUGUGGCGGGCCAAGAGGAUGGAGUACACACUGACUGACAUCUGGAAGGGACAGAUGUGUAACGCCAAGCUGCUCAAAACCAUGCCGGAGUUGUCCGGCGUGCUGCACCAGUGUCACAUCCUGGCCUCCGAGAUGGUCCACUUCAUCCACCAGAUGCAGUACUACAUCACCUUUGAGGUGCUGGAGUGCUCCUGGGACGAGCUGUGGAACCGAGUGCAGCAGGCUCAGGACCUGGACCACAUCAUCGCUGCCCACGACGUCUUCCUCGACAGCGUCAUCUCGAGAUGCCUGCUGGACAACAACAGCAGGUCUCUUCUGAACCAGCUGAGGGCCAUAUUUGACCAGAUCAUCGAGUUCCAGAGCGCCCAGGACUCCCUGUACCGCUCGGCGCUGGAGGAGCUCACCCUCCGGCUGCAGUUUGAAGAAAGAAAGCAACAGAGGAAGGAGGAGGGUCAGUGGGAAGUGACGGCCGAACAGGAAGAAGAGGAGAAGAAGAGGAUUCAGGAGUUCCAGGAAACCAUACCAAAGAUGCGCUCCCAGCUCCGCAUCCUCACCCACUUCUACCAGAGCAUCGUCCAGCAGUUCCUGGUGCUGCUGAUGACCAGUACGGAUGAGAGUCUGCGUUUCCUCAGCUUCAGACUGGACUUCAACGAGCACUACAAGGCCAGAGAGCCGAGGCUGCGAGCCUCACUAGGCGCCAGCCGGGGGCGACGAUCGUCAAAUAUCUGACACGCUGACGACGGCAUCGACGAGCGAGGCUUCCAGUCAGUGGAGCGUGGGGUAUGACAUCACAGUGGGCAGGUGUGACAUCACAGAGACGGGUCAGGCCGGCCAGCAGAUUUCGUGUCGAGAUGAUGUCAUGCCUUGGAGGAGCGAUAAAGGCGCUGUUCCGGCGGUCGCCAAGUGAUGACAUCACAGCAGACGGCUCCGGUGAAGUCGGCGGCUGCGUGGGAUCACAAAGGGAUUUCGGAGCUUGCUGUGACAGAGAGGGUAAACAGACUGCUUGAAAUUCUGCAAAAACGGGGGGGGAAUUUGUGAACGAGGAGGUAAAUAACAGCAGCUGUCAGAAUGAGCUCCCCGAGUCACACAGAGCCACCUCACAUGGCAUGCCUUAUUAAUGAGGAAACCUUCUCUCUCAGACGUGGUUGCCAAAUCUAGUCCCCACACACAUAAUGUAUGUACAUAGAGUUUAUGCAAAAAAUGUAUGUAUGUGUACAUAAUAUGCAUCUUUAAACGUCACUUGUGGCUUCGCAUCUUCUCACUAGGGUUCAACCGAUAUGGUGUCUGAUAUAUUUUCAAUUUUGUAUUUGUAGCACUUAAUAAAAUGAUUCAAUUUGAGCAUUUUUAGUAGACUUAUUCCAGUAGACGCAGUCUUUCUGCUGUUUGUUAAGGUGGAAACAAACUAUACGGAGUCGUCAGCAUAUUGGCGCACUAGUAUAUCGGUCUAACCCUAGUUCUCCUUAAAAUCCAGGGUUUUUUUUAGGAUGUCAGGUCAGCUGUCCAAUCACAAUCAUACAGAGGAUUUUGAAUUACGCACAACACACACUCUGCUUCCAUUGACAUGAAGACAAACCUGGCUCAUACAGACAAAAAGAACCCCUUUGUUGCCGCCUUUGUUUACAUCUUACAUUAAUAUCUGACGUUAGUUGUUGAUUUGAAUAGAUUUGUAACUGUUCGCCAUUACAUCUGGCUUCACCUCGACCGACAACCGACUGAUGUAACGAAUGUUAUUAGAUUGUAUUUAAGUGUGGUUUCCCUGCUAAGUAUUAGUAUAUGUCUGUAUGAGAGAUGGAUCAUGUCAAAGAAACAAUCCUCACAACAACCACAACAACCUCACUCGUCUCAUUUCAUAAACAACAGAAACUAUACAUGUUUUUCUUUAAAAAAAAAUUAAAAAAAAUGUAAAUAUUUCUAAAUGAAAGUCCAUAUUUAGAGAAUUUAAUGGUUAUAAAUGUUAACUCGGGCGGUUUAUUUUCUGAAAACGAGUCUAUUCCGUCAUUAUAAGGACAGCAAGAGUGUUAAAAAGUGAGGUUUGCUGCAUAUUGAGAUGAAGAUGCUGACCGUAUCCAGUAUGCUGUUGAUCAGCUCCCCAAAAUGUUCACCUUUUAUUAAUCGGACAUAUCUAUUUGCUGGAUUUGCUGGACAGUCGAAUGCUUUUUGCUAUUUCAAAAAAAGGUCAAAAUGUUUAUUGAGAUUGAAAAGUCAAGUAGCAUUUUAAUCAUCAAGUCAUACAAUCAUUUCCAUGUGUGUAACAGACAUUAAAGGAUAUGGUUAAUGUAGUAUUAUAGAUUCACAGGCUAAAAACUAUAAUACUCUAAUAAAUAUUUUGUUAAACUUUUGUUUUUUUCACCGAAAAACAUAUUUACGUCUGCAAAUUAACAAACUUUAUUUCAUUUUUGGGAGAUUCUCCUUUGGAGCUACAAAAAACUAUUUUCACUGAGUUGAGCAGCAGAUGUUCAACAUCAGCCCUGGAGUCACUGUUGACUCGUUACUAUCCAUGUGUGCCGUUGAUGUUCCAGGUUUUUUAUUUUUGUCUUUUAGUUUUAUGGUCAAUGAAACAGACCGGUGCUGCGUAUGGUCGCUGGACCAGUUGACUGCUUUCUGAAUAUUCAUAAAUCUGAAUUAAGAGUGAAGUGAAACACCAAACUGAACCUGGGUCAGCACUCCCGUCUCUGUCUGUCCUCUACAUUGUAUAGCACAUAAUGUAUAGAAUAUAGGGAAACAAACCAUCCCGCUUCUUCUUUAAUAAAAUGUUUUUUAUUAAUGUG